AUGGCAGCACGAAUGAAUUUCAUAAAUGGAUGGCUGAUUGCCAUUAAUGGUCUUUUUAUGUUAUGGGAUUCAUUAAAAGGGGAUUCAAAUGAUAAAUAUUUUGUUUUAUGUACUUCCCGUAUAAAUCAAGAUAGAAUAGAACAUUUAUUUGUCAUGUUCAGGUUACAAAAUGGAAAUAAUCGAAAUCCUACAUCUGUACAAUUUUACUGCGCCUUUAAAAAAUUAUUCUGUUUGAAUUAUUUCCAACAUUCACCAGACGCAAAUUGUAUUAAAGACCUAGAUAGUAUAUUAUGUCAUUUAAAUCCUGCAGAGCUAGCAAACAGUUCAAGUGUAAUAUUUCCUGAAGAAACUCCAAUCACUUGUUCAACUAGCUUAAAAAUAGGUACUGUUGACUAUAGAAAUCUUGAUGUACCAGAGUCUAAUUCUUUGACUUUUGUUUGCGGAUACCUAUACAGCAAAUGUCUUAAUGUGCAUCGUUGUGAAUUGUGCAUAGAGUAUGGUAGAAGCCCAAAAGAUCUGGACAAAACACUUCUUUUGUGCUACUUUAGGCAUACGUAUACCAAUAAAGAUAAGACAGUUUUUGGUAAUCUACAAAUGCCCCAAACCAGUUUUUAUGACUACAUAAAUGAAAAUUUGUUUACAGAGAAAAAUGUAAUCCUGUUUCCUGUAAUUUGUUUCCUGUUUUUGCUGUUGAGAAAAAUGUAG